GGCGAAGGCCGAGACCCGCACGUCUAGGUCGAGCCUUCGUCAGGAUUCUGUUAUCGAAAAGAUGGAGAAUCCGGAUAUGUUAUUUCGCAAGGUAAAGGAAAGAUCUCCAUCGAAAUCUCCAGGGAAGGCCUCUACGAAAACUAGAAGCCCUACGAAAUCAGACGGUGAAUCUCGAGAGAUCGAGCCCAAGGCCCAGGGCAGAGGCAGAGGCAGACCACGCAAGACCACUGCUCCUGUACCUCAAGCGCCCCCGAGUCCUGUUUCGCCGAAGCGCAAGCGAAGUCGAUCCAAGUCUCAGUCCCGAACACCCGCUAAGAGGGUUAGGCUCAGUCUGCCUUCUUCGGGGUCGAACGUACGCCCGGAUGACGAUGUGUUUGCAGAUGAAGGGGUCUCAUCAUCUUCGGCUGCCAUUAUAAACGACAUGCUCGGUAUCGAAAGCGAUACCAGCGACAUAUUCGAAUCAUCGCCCUGGAGUUCGCGGUCAAGGUCGCGAUCGACCAUUCGUUCCGCACCACGGAGACGGUCCAGUAGAAUCGCAUCAAGUUCGGCCUCACCUAGAGGCCGCCAGUCGCUGCCAACAGCCUCCCGUGGUCGAUCCAGAUUAUCCAUCUCCACCCUUCCCGACGAGAUAGAUGGUUCAACUUCGAUGCCCGGAUUCUACCAAGGCGAAUUCUGUGUCUAUGCCAUGUCCGACUCCGCGCUGAAACGUCCUGCACCUGGACUGCUCAGCAGAGUCUUUUCCACCCUCUCUCUUUCCUCUGGCACUUCUGCCCCCGAGCCGCCCGACUAUCCUACCCUAUUCGGCAAGAUACGCGCCUUGGACGGGGAUUCUGGCGCCCUUGGACCUGGCUCGGAUAUUCGAGCUCACUUGUCCCUUCAUCCUUUCGCCUCAGAGAUCGGACCACACAAUAAGUUUUGGGUUCUCGGUGACGCUUCCCUCGACGCCUUAUUUAGCGAGAUCCAGAGAGUCGACGACAUCCCUUUCCCCGGAGGGACUCAUCACAGCGGUAUCGUGGCUAGACUGUUAACUCCAGAGGACAGAGUUGGGGUGGAGGCCUUCGAUGGUGAGUUGACAUUGACGAGGGUGUGGACAGAUCAGGUUGAUAUGGAAGCAGACGAAGAUGAGGGCAUGAAAGAGAGUGCUACCGGAGAGUUGUUCGAAGGGAGGUUUAGGCUGAAGGUCGAGCACAAUAUGGAGGCUUGGAGUGAGGGGUACGGGGAAGGUGUUGAGUGUGACUUCGGAUUUUGGGCUGUGAGGGCAAGCGAAAUGUGAUGUCGCUGUUCUAGGACCCUCUCGCUAUCAGUCAUGACUAUAAUUAUGAUCAUACUUUUACUAUGGUAGUUUUGGUGUUACUAUUGGGGGUGCCCAUGUUUUCCUAUCUGUGUAUACCCUUCCUUUUCUUGGUUUUGCUUCGAGUUCUCGCUAUGUUCUUGCUUGGUAUCGUAUG